ACAAGAUGCAUGAUGUCGAUUCUGUUAACUUUUGAAAAGUUCUGAUUAAUUAGGCUUAUGACAACGAUUUCGUAGUUGCUUAUUCUGUUGGACCAAUCUAAAUAUAAGGCGUCAAAAGAUAUUUCUCCAAGAUGUUUCCUAGACCUAAACCAGGUGAUACAGAGGAAGAUCUCCUUAAAUUUCAAAAAGAAUUCAUGGCUAACCAGGAAAAACCAGCAGUCACAGUGGUCAAGCGUCCAGACAAACGCAAGUCCAGUUCUAGUGAGGAUACUCAAGACAGCAAACCUGACAAUGACAGAAUAGGGCCAAAUCGAGACAUAGUAAACAUGGAAGUUUUUCCUCCUGAACCACAAAGUGUGCCACCAGUUAAAAAGUCUAGGUUUAAGAGUCAACAGGAGAAGAAAAUCAGAAGACAGAAAAGAGAAGCAGAAAUGAACCUUAGUCCUGAAGAAAGAAUCGAUAAAACAGACUCAUCUACUGCUGCAGUGUUAACCAAAAUUAUUGAAAGAGACACCAAGACAAGUCAGGUUCACCUCCCUAGACAUGCUAACCAAGCUUUCCCUUCAGUGUUCCGGUGUGAUAAUCCAACACAGACAAAGACUGCUAGUCCUGGAAAGACAAGGAGUCUGUUUGCCCAGCAGUUUUCUACACGAGGUGCUGGUUACUUUGGUGUGAUGUUACAACAGGAAGAAGCCAAAGUUUCCACAACUUCAGCAUCACAAGCCUCCAUGGAGACUUGUGUCUCAGGUGAUGCAGGUCCCCACCUGGUAGAAGGGCGAGGACUAAGUGCUACCUUUGGAAAGGAUGAAGCCAGACAAAUUCAUCAAGAGAACACAGAAAAAAUGACUGCCAUGUCAGAAGCAGAAAUUUUACAGGAACAGCAAAAGCUUAUUGAAAUGUUAGAUCCAAAACUGGUGUCAUUUAUUAAAUCAAAAUCAAAAAAGGAAAACGCCACACCUGAAUUCUCCAUACCACCUCCUCAGCCUUUGGAAAAAGACAAGUCACAGAAAGAUAAAUCAGAGUCUCUUGCUUUAGGUGAAGAUGAACUACCUGUGAAACCUGACAAAAAAUGGAUUAAUAUGGACAAGGCAGAGUAUGACAAGUUAUCCUGGAUGAAAGAGUUACCUCCCCCUAAAACAGGAGACACACAUACAGGUCAGCAAGCAAGAUUCGACUUUAAAGGUCAAAUAUUACAUGCUGAUCUUGACCUUCCUGUGACCUCUGGAUUACAUCACCAUGGUAACGAACCAGAGAGAGCAGGAUACACUCUAGAGGAACUUUUUCUGCUUGCUCGGAGUACCAACACGCAGCAACGUGUCAUAGCUCUCAACACACUGGCCCGCAUCUUCUCUAAGGCACGAAGUGGUGAACUGAGUCAGCUCGUUCAGUCGGCUAUACUCCCAGCAGUGUUGGAUGGGGGCGUUGUCUUCUUGGUGCGAUGGGCAAUGGAUGACAAAAUUGACAUGGUCCUGUCAGCAUCCGUACAUGCCCUCUACAAUCUUCUGGUCAAUCCUGCAGAUGAGCUUGCACUUGACCAAGUGUUCUCCUGGUAUCAGGGACAUGUGAUCCCAGAGAUGAACCCAUCACAAAAUCAGUCAGUUCCCAAGGAAGAGGAUGAUGAGAACACAGUUCAGGAAACCGAUGCAGAUGUUCUCAAGCGUGAUGUUAUUUUGUGUCUUGUAGAGAGAAUGAACCUGUUACCAAGGAUACGAUUCCUGCUAGAUCAGUGUCGUCCCCAGGCCCCCACUGUGCUUCAUAUUAUUGGUAUUCUGACACGGGUUGUUAGACAUUCCACCACAGUGGCAUAUAAGGUGAUGCUGUGCCCAGGUUUGAUUGAAAUGGUUAUACGUGAGUUCUUACCAACAUGUUGGCAGGAUCAAGUGAGAGAUGCUCCUUUGUCUGACCUCUAUGGUACACCAGUUCCAGUAGUGAUGAAACUGAUGCGAGCCCUGGCCCAGGCUGGUAGACAUAUUGCUGCUCACUUGAUCUCAAAACAUCACUUACACAAACAACUCCUGAGAUAUCUGAUUGCUGAUCAGCCAAGUCAUCUCCAGUUAGCUGAUGCAGAUUGUUACCAGUUACAGAUUGAGAGUCUGCGUGUCCUCAAACUCUGUUUACUGUACGGCCUGGCUUCAGAAACUUUCAUCGACUUGUUUCCAACAUUUGUGAAACAGCUUCAGCAGCUGCAGCAGGAUGUUACUGGGGAGUCAGUCAGUCCUCAAAGGAUGGAGCAGUAUGUGGAGCUUGUUGGCGUCUUAGAGGCAGCAGUUCACUUAGCUGGAACAGCAGUAACAGCCAAUCAAAAAGCAGCAUUUGUUAGAAGUGCAGAUGGUAUGUCACCAGAGACUUCCAAGACUGAGACGGUUGCCAUGCCAACCGUAAAUUGGGGUCAUGUUGCUGACCUUCUACAGCCAUUGAUAUCUGUCCUACAGAAACACUUGUCUGAGAUCAAGGACACCUACCAAAUCAAGAAGCAGAGCCUUCAGCUGGCUGUGGCCUGUAUCAACUUUGUAACAUCUUACUAUGCUCGCUGGCAGUCACAGGUAUCUGUCAGUGCUGUUGUCAGUCUGCAGAGUGUAGAAGAUUAUCUUUCCACCGUUCUGGAGCCAUGUUGGUCAGGCUUUGGUUUCCAGGUCAUUUUCUCCAAUCUCAGCAAUCAUUCCCAAUUGUUGUCUCGAUCUAAAUCCCCUGUGUUGGAGAUAACACCCAGUGUUCCAGAUCUGGGAUGCACAGAGCUUGAUGAUGGCCAACAUCCAAUUCUUACCUCAGGAACACCAUACGGCCUAGUAACAGCCAUAAUGAGACAGAUUUAUACACUUUGCAGUAUACACAGGGGCAUCCAAGUCAUGGUGCUACCAUGGGUACUGAGUCACAAAGACCUAUGGAUUUACCUACAAAAGACCUCUGUUAGCACAUCCCAUCUCCAUGGUAACUACUUUACCAAGUUUGAAAACAUUCUGCAUUAUUUCUACCUGAAGCUGGUGAUUAUGUCGGACCUGGAGCAGACACAGCUUAACCUUUCUGUGAUACAAAGACUGACCUUGACCUUGCUGAUGAGACUCCACUAUGGAAGUGAGCAUAUUGUUCACGACAUUCUGUCCACGAUUGUGUUCAGUCCCAGCUUAUGGAGACUUGAGAGUGAUGACAGAGCAUGUGGGGAAUUAGCUGAUCUCAAGCUGUCGGACACUCGGCACGUGACGCAGGUAACACAGGAGGACCCCGCACCACAGAGAGAGCUGUUACAAGGAUGUCAUACUCAACUGAACACACUCCGUGCCACUUACCUCAAGUCAUUCAGUGAUCGCGAGCAAAUGGUGCACAAAUCCAGAUAUUGUUUUACGAUGAUUCCCCUUGAGACAGAUAAGUUUUUUACUUCACGGUCUGGCGAGUGUUUAAUGCCCUGUGACUGGAUGUUUGUCCCACUCAUUAACUUGUACAAUGUCUUCAGCUCUGUGGGCGGAGAUGUCCAGAAUGCUCUGUCUGUGGGUCAACUGGACACAGUGACCGCUGUCCUGCAGUGGAUUUACCUACUGGAGGUCUGCCAGGGAGAUAAAAUGGCCACCAUCUCCAUCACACUCAAAAUGUCACGCAUCAUGUGUGUUUUCCUCACAGGUAAUGAUCUCUUCCUUGACCGCACCGUCCAUUGUUAUCUAGAGGCUCUGCUACAACGCUACACCACACCAACUCUUCUAAACAAGCUGGACUUUGAGGAAGAUAUCCCUGGACUUGUGUCCUUCUAUGACUUAUAUGUGGCCUUACUCCAGCAGUAUGAGGCUGUAUCCUUUGGGGACUCUCUAUUUGGAUGUUACUUGCUGCUUCCUCUACAACAGAGACAUGCAAUACAGCUGAGGCGGGCGGUUUGGGUGGAGUAUCGGGGUAUACUGAGAACUCUAUACCUUCCUGUUAAAGAGCUGCUGAUCCCCAUUGAGGGUUUUCUGACACCAGAGGAGUCAGACCUAGAGAUGCUUCGUCUGUACCUGGAAGGCUUGCUGUCUGGAAGUGUCCAACCUCGCUGGUGUCCAGUAUUUUAUCUCACAGCUGUUCAUCAUGUGAACCGUUUCUGUUACACCCAGGAUGGCAAACACACUCAGCUAAAGCAGAACAUGCUUCGCGACACCUUUGCCAGCCAAAGAACGGAAGUGAGACAACACCUAUUGUUCUACAAAACAGCAGAUGUUUCCAGGAAUUAUGGGAUGGAGUUAUAUGACAUACUUCCUCCAUUACGACAAAAACUGCUGGUGGAUAUUGAAAAGAGCUUAAAGAAAAUCUAGCUGAAAGAAAUACUGACUUGAACAGUGAUAUGUUAACUUCAGUGAGUGUUUACUAUUUUUGGUUUGGUACACCUGAACCAACUGAUUGGAAACAAGUGCAAUAGACUAAUUUUACUUUCAAUACUAUUUGGCGCUGUCUGUGAAUCCUUUUCCCUGCCUGAAUUAUCUGCAGUGAUAAAGUAACUGCAGACAAUUUUUACUUUCUUUAAAGUGGUAAGGAAGAAUGAAAAGUAUGCUCAGGUGUAUGUGAUAGAUACAGGAAAACCCUCUUUAUGUAUGCAAGUGAUUUAUGUUUUGUGAUUUUUAUUUGUAAUGAAAUAGUGCUGAACAUUAAAAAGAUUAUGUAUUUUCAA